GUGUCAAAAGGUAUGUUAUUUAUUUUCAGAGCAAGAAGGGAAGACAGAUGAUAUUCAAGAACUACGGAACAAAAUCAUGGAGGUGUUGGGACAGGAGCCAUAUAUGGGGGAGAAGAUACCAGUCAGAUGGUUUCUGUUUGAAAAGUUGAUUGAAGCCUUGAUUGCCAAACAGAUUUUUCACAUAAAUCUGGUGCAACUCCAAAGCUAUGCCAAAAAGCAUUGCUUCAUAGAAGAUGCAGAUGAGUUUGCAGGCAUGAUCAGUUUUUACCAUGGCCUUGGUAUGAUUAUCAAGCAUCAAAAUACAGUUGUUCUGAAGGCUCAGUGGCUGAUUGAUCUAUUGAAGCAGCUGAUAACCAUUCCACACUUUGAUAAAAUGGUAGGAAAAAUAAUUUCAAUAUUAGAAAUUUCAGUAUUUAACCUGUACUUGAUCUUUUCCUCAAGUUGCUGUUGUCACUUUUUUAAUAUUUGUAUAGCUGAAAAAUGUUAA